GUGGCUUUCAGAUGGGUGUGGUUCCUUGUUUGGGGGAAGUUUUCUUUUAGUGAGUCAACUAGAGAAUGAAAAUGAACAUGACUGAAAUCUGAAGAACAGCACGAAUUCCAAGUGGCAUGGAUACAUGGUGAAGACUGGUGUUUUCUUUUAAUUUGUCUACUUUUGUGAGAUUGAAGAUUCCUGUGGCAGGACAGCUCUCCUGAAGAACAUAGACUGAGCCAGAACAAUGGGCGUCCUGCAGCUGCUGAAGUCCCAGUUCUUGUGUCACCUGAUGAUCUGCUACGUGUUCCUGGUCAGCGGCCUCAUCAUCAACCUGCUGCAGCUCUGUACUCUACCUCUGUGGCUGGUCAGUAAACAGCUGGCCCGCAAGAUCAACAUCCGACUGGCCUACUGUGUCAGUAGCCAGAUGGUAGCCGCCCUGGAGUGGUGGUCUGGGACAGAAUGCACGCUCUACACCGACCCAAAGAGUUAUCCACUGUAUGGAAAGGAGAAUGCAAUUGUGGUUCUCAAUCAUAGUUUUGAGAUAGACUUCCUGUGUGGCUGGACCUUCUGUGACAGAUUCGGAGUCCUGGGGAGUUCAAAAGUUUUAGCCAAGAAGGAGUUGGCGUAUGUGCCAAUCAUCGGUUGGAUGUGGUACUUCCUUGAGAUAGUUUUCUGCAAGAGGAAAUGGGAAGAAGACCGAAGGACAGUGGCACAGAGUCUUCAGAACCUGCGGGAUUACCCAGAAAACUACUGGUUCUUGCUUUACUGUGAAGGAACACGCUUCACACCAAAGAAGCACCAGGUCAGCAUGCAGGUGGCUGAGAGCAAAGGUCUGCCCAAACUGAAGUACCAUCUUCUGCCCAGGACCAAAGGAUUCUGGGUAACUGUCCAAAACCUCAGAGGAACUGCUGCGGCUGUUUAUGAUUCCACACUGAACUUCAGAAACAACGAAUCACCAACCUUGCUUGGAAUUCUUAAUGGGAAGAAAUAUCAUGCAGAUUUAUAUGUGAGGAGAAUCCCGCUAGAGAUGAUCCCAGAGGAUGAGGCAGAGUGCGCUGCUUGGCUCCACAAACUCUACCAGGAAAAGGAUAGCUUUCAGGAGCACUACACACAGACAGGGUGUUUCCCUGGCCCCACAGUGAGCCCUCCACGCCGACCCUGGUCCUUGAUCAACUGGUUAUUCUGGUGCUGCUUGCUGCUCUACCCUCUGGGCCUACUACUGGCUCAACUCUUCAGCUCUGGAUCGAUGCUCACCAUCUUAGCUUCUGUGGCUCUCUGCUCUGCAGCUUCACUGGGAGUUCGCUGGAUGAUUGGCCAGACUGAGAUUGACAAAGGCUCAAGCUAUGGGAAUAAGGAGGUUCCUCUAAACAGAAACUAAGGAAUCCUGACCCUACUCAGAGCUGCUUCUUUGCACAGCCUCUAAUCUGCAAGCUGCUGGCUGCAGACUUUGUAAACACCAGUCUGACAGGUUCCUGUUGGUCCAACAAGUGCAAACCUGCUUAAAAGCACAAUGCAGACAAGGUAGUUUUGUCCUAACACUAUGCUGCAUAAGCUCAUCAAGAUAAAGAUCAUGAAACUGGACUGUGGUGAGCAACUUCCUUUAGGAAACUUAUAAUAGGAACAUGAGGCAAGAUAAAAUAUAGCUUGACUACAUGCUUCUAAAAUCAGAGGGUAAAUAUUUGAAUACAGUCAAGGCAAAUAUUCUUGCUGAUAAAUCAAACUGAAAUUUUAAGUUCAACAAAGUGCAGAAUGAACUACCUCUUUGCUUGUAAUCUAAUAUGACAUUUUCAUGGUGGAAUAAAAUAUAUAUUUCAGUUUUUAAAAAAUAAAACAUAUUAGUUUAUUAAUAUUGUUUGUACAAAGCAAACACUAUGAGAGCAGCAGAGGAUCAGAAGUUGUGGUGUGUGUGCCAGUGUCUGUGUUUGGAUGUUUGGAUGUUUUGUGUUUGGCCACGGGGGGGAGAACAGGCCCUGUUUCUCAUUUUAUUUGGAUACACUCCACUUACAAGAACAGCUUUUCACCAGUAACUAGAUUUACUCGAAAAUCCUCUGAAGGCCUCAACUUGACACUUACUCCUCAGCAAAGACAAAAAAAAAAACUGUACUAUGAAUAUUAGAGUAUUUAGAAAUCAGGAAUUCUUUGAAAUACUUGCUAAGGCAGUGUCUCACCUUCUGCGAGCUGAGAUAAAAACGAGGAGAGAAUCACUACCUGAGUCACGAGUCAACUUCCUACGGUUUUAAUAAAUGAAAAUAUAAAUAUACUGCACUGUUACAACAAACAGAAGCCAAGGCUAAUCUACACUGCAUCUCUUCUUGACAGUAUAAACAGAGGUAGAGUAACUUAGUGAGCACAUACUGUAUUUCAGUGGGUCUCCUCCCUCAGUCACUGUCACUCCUUACCUUUCCUGUCACCUCGGUGAGGACGCAGGCUAAACCCCAGAUAUCUGCUGCGUGUCCAUGACCUUCACCCUUUGCUGUGAUACACACAUAUUAAACUGUUAAAAUUUGCAUCACACACUCAUUACCAGGACAACACAAGGCCAUAGCUGGUUUGAAACAUGGAGUGGAAAAAAGAAGCUUUAGUGACCCCCGGUGGUGGCAUGCAAACCAGACACGAGACAUAAUUUCUUACCUGCUGUUCCCAGAGUUCUGUUCACCUCACCUGGAUAAAAGUAUGAAAAGCCAGAGUCACUCAGCUUAAACAUGCCUGAUGAUGUCAUAGUGUUGUUGGCUACUCAUUUAGAAAGACAAGUAAAUCACAGCUAUGAGGAAGACUGUGACACUGACCCUUCACAUAUUAGUGGACAGAUUCAUUUGUUCGGUUAAAGUCUGAUGACAUGUUUCUGCAGCCCCAGUCUUAUUUAUUUAUUUAUUUAUUUGUCCAUGUAACCAACAUACUGUAUCCUCUCUCCACCUGCUGUUACCUGGACAUUUCAUAAUUAAUGAUUAGACCUUUAGUUUUUUUGUGUUGGUUUGAACUCACCAGAUGUUUUUUUUUUCUCUCUCUUCUUAUGAGUCACUCAGAAAAUUGCCCACAGUCCAGUGAUAUUGUACUUCAGCUUUCCUCCCAUAAUAAAUAUGAGCCACUAAGUGACUGACAUGACCGACCUCAGGGACACAGAGUGAUGAUCCUGGAUCAAUGAUGAAGAAUAAUUAAUUUAGUUACUAAAGACUCUAAGUCCAAAUAAUUAUCCUCUAACCGUAUGUGUUUUAUGUAAUUAUGACACAAUAAA